AACGAAAAACUGAAAAAUCUCCACAUGGAGAUCGGCGGUGCAUCGAACCAAACUGCCGCCAUAAACCUCCUCCAGUUGUAACCCAAAAGCCCUACCCGUCCACUUUCCCCUCCACAAUUCAACGACGACGGUCCGAGCUUCCCUCCGCCGUCGCCAUCCCAAAUCGUCUCCUUUUUAAGGAUUUGAAUCUCGUCUCUUCGGUUUCUGUGAGUGCUCGUGAUAGAGACGGAGUUCAAAAUUGGGGGCAAAUAUGGAGGGAGGUGUUCGAGAUUCCGCCGUGGUGCCCGAGAAAGUGAUGGAUUCAGUGAAGACGACAUUGGAAAAUGUAGAACAAGUCCAAACUCACCUUAUUUCCCUCCUGUCUAUCGCCGAGCCGGAAGUCCUUGCCCAAAUGCAGCCUCUCCAACGAGCUCAGUCUAUGCUUUUGCUUGCUAGAGUCACUACCACUCUCUUUGCAUUGAAGGUGAGGUGUAGCGGCGUUCACCCCGAUGAUCAUCCUAUCAACACAGAGCUUGAGAGAUUAAGCUUGUAUCAAGACAAACUAGAACGGUUCAUAGGCUUGAGUAAAGAACCAUUGAAGCGUUCCACUACCUUGAACUAUCAAGCAGCUACUCGCUUCAUUGAACAUUCUCUACCGGAUCUCACCCAAGAUCAAAAGCAGAGUAUGAGGGAUAUUAGUAGGGGGAAGGGGCCAAAAAUGCAGCAAUUAGAGAGGAACUUACAAAAGAAGAGGAAGUAUCAGUCUUCUGAAAAACAAUCUGUUCAAAUUGCUGCUAAGGAAUUUCUUGAGAAAGCUGCGUGUGAGCUUCUUGGUGAUAGUAAUGGAGGUUUGCAAGGACCAUUAUGUGGGGUUGCUUCAGAUGAUGAACUGCAGGAGGGCUGAAUUCUCGUCCACUUUGGAGUAUGAAAGCCAGAUUCACUUGUGCUCUUAAUUAUCCCAACUCUUGAAGAAUUGGUCAAUUUUGAGGUUGGAUUUGGAUCUCCUUGGGGCAUUAAAUUGUUUUCCCUUUACUUUAGAAGUCUUUAUAUGUAUGCAUUUGGAGUUUCAGCCCCAUCAUGAGCUAGUUGCUAUUAGGACAGGACCUGGUUGGGAUUUUGGCACUCUACUCUCUCUCUCAUGGGCUGUUUUUGCUGGUUGUUUCCACCCCAAAUUUUGUUUCUUUGAACUAGUGGGAUCAUAUGAACAAGACAUGAUCUAGCCUACUUUGGUAGCUGGCUUUUUAGAUUUUUUUUUAUCUGUAUAUCAGUGAUCAUCUUGUUACUUUGAGUUACCUUUUUGCCAUAAAUUAAUAAUAGUAUGAUCGUUGUGAUA